UACACAACCUCUACGAACAAUCCAUAUCCUGUGUUAUCAGAACUCCACAAAUUCGGCGCAAGUUUUCACAAGCGGGACACAAUCACCACAACCAACAUGGGUCUCGAAGCGACGAUGAUCGUUGUGGACAACAGCGAGAGCAGUCGUAAUGGAGACUAUGUACCUUCGCGAUGGGAAGCACAAGUCGAUGCUGUCAAUUUCAUUUUCCAAACAAAGACGCAAGCAAACCCCGAGUCAUCUGUUGGCUUGAUGAGCAUGGGCGGAAGUGGUCCGGAAGUUCUCACUACUCUUACAACAAAUCAGGGCAAGCUCAUUGAUGGACUACAUCGGACUAAGGUCAAGGGACAGUCGCAUCUAUACACAGGAAUAAUGAUUGCUGCGCUAGCGCUCAAGCAUCGACAGAACAAAUCUCAGCGUCAACGAAUCAUCGUAUUCACCUGCUCACCAAUUACCGACUCAACAUCCACACUGAAAAAGCUAGCCAAGCGCAUGAAGAAGAACAACACCAGCAUCGACAUCAUCGCUUUUGGCGAUCUCACUGACGACAAUUUGGAGAAAUUACGCGCAUUUAACGAGGAGGUCAAGUCAAACGAAGGCUCUCACCUCGAGAUUAUACAGCCCGGACCAAACCUUUUGUCAGAUGCAAUCAUCGCAUCACCGAUUCUCGAAGGCGAAGGCGGCGCGGCCGCCGCGGCUAGGAGCGGAGGAGGCGGUGGUGGCAGUGGUGAGGGUGCAGGCGCAGAGGCAUUUGAGUUCGGCGUGGACCCAAAUAUCGACCCGGAGUUGGCAUUAGUUCUGAGAAUGAGUGCGGAGGAAGAGAAGGAACGACAAGAACGGGAGAAGCGAGCGCGGGAGGCAGCAGAGGGCAAGACGGAUCUCGAGCCGGUUCCCGAAGGCAAGGAAGAGAGUCAGCCAUUAUUGAACAGCGCAGGCGAACCUUCGUCGUCGAAGAAGCAGGACAAGAAGCGGGGCGGCGACGAUGACAAGAUGGACGACGCAUGAGCGUUGCCUUCUCCCGUCGCCACUAGAAGUAGCGGAGGCAUAUUGUAGACAUUACGAAUCCAUGGAGAAGACGAUAAAUGCGAAUCACGACCACCAAGCCAUAGGGAACUCGUGAAAUGUGACACGAGCAGUGUCAAUAGCAUUAAAAACAAAGCGACAGUUAUGUAACAUGUCAUAGCAUGAAAAUGGUAAAAAUGUCUCCGACAUGCC